AUGCCGUCCCCCGACGAUGAAGAGGAUGACUACAUGUCAAUGAUAAUCGAGGAGCCCGCGCAGCAGAAAGAAACCUUUACCCAGCGGAAGCGGCGCCAACAACGCGAGUCCGAAGCCCGCGCCAGAGUCCCUUCCAAAGCCGAGCGCGCCGCGCAAGAAGCCGCCCGCCGCGAAGAAGCCCUAGCCACCAGCACGCUCGACCCCUCCAACAAGGGGUUCCAGAUGAUGGCGAAGCUGGGCUUCAAGCCCGGCGAAUCACUCGGCAAACGCGAGACAGUAGCUACUGCACCCGAAGAUACCGCGCCACUGGCUGAGGGCCCGCGCCCGGGCCUGGGUCUGGGCGCUGCUCGCUCGGAGCCGCUGAAUCUCGUGUUCAAGGAGGAUCGCGGCGGCAUUGGGUUGGAUAGCGAGAAGAAGCGCAAGAUCCGGGAAGAGGCAGCUGAGGCAGUGAAGAAAAUCAAGCACGAGGAAGGUGACUAUCGUGAUCGUGUGAGGGAGGAACGUGAGCUGCGCCGGACGGAGGCCCAGGUGCGGGCUGCGCAGAAGGUGGCGGAGAGGCUGGAUGGCGAGGCAGAGGGGGAGCCAUUAUCAUCAGCUUCACCAGCGAAGAGAGAUAGCGAGGACGGGCAAGACGACAUUAACGAUGGUGGAAAUAAACCUCGAGCCAAGAAUGACGCAAAGCCUACUGAUGAGCACGCCACACCUGAAGCGUCGCACACCAAGAAUAAGAAACCAAGCGUCAAACCGACUGCCAAGCUGAAUGUACUCUAUCGCGGGCUGGUACGAGAGCGAGAAGAGCGCGAACGCGAUCUCCACGCCCGCCACGCCCUCCAAACCUCGCUGCCCUCGUCCUUCUUCCCCAAUCCGCGCCUCCCCACAUACGACGACACUCUCGAACGAGAUGACCAGAAAGCACUGGGCCUUCGGCUUGAUCCGCAUACCGCUGCGUUUGAGCAGGAACUCGAGGAAGAGGACCCGGAGCUGGACGCCUUUAAUGCCUUGGAACCUGCGGAGAAGCUGCAGAAGCUGGUUGUCUUCCUCCGUGAGACAUAUCGGUAUUGCUUCUGGUGUAAGUAUCGCUACGAGACGGAUGAGGAGCUGGAGGGCUGUCCUGGCCUCACGGAGGAGGAUCAUGAUUGA